UCCCCGCGGGACUCCGGCGUCCCCGCCCCCCAGUGCUCCCUCCCCUCCCCUCCAGCAUGGUGCUCGCGGCCCCGCUGCUGCUGGGCUUCCUGCUCCUCGCCCUGGAGCUGCGGCCCCGGGGGGAGGCGGCCGAGGGCCCCGCGGCGGCGGCGGCGGCGGCAGCGGCGGCGGGGGGGGCCGGGGGGGACCGCUCAAGCCGGCCGGCCGCGUCGGUGGCGCCGGAGCCCGACGGCUGCCCCGUGUGCGUGUGGCGGCAGCACAGCCGCGAGCUGCGCCUGGAGAGCAUCAAGUCGCAGAUCCUGAGCAAACUGCGGCUCAAGGAGGCGCCCAACAUCAGCCGCGAGGUGGUCAAGCAGCUGCUGCCCAAGGCGCCGCCGCUGCAGCAGAUCCUGGACCUGCACGACUUCCAGGGCGACGCGCUGCAGCCCGAAGACUUCCUGGAGGAGGACGAGUACCACGCCACCACCGAGACCGUCAUAAGCAUGGCCCAGGAGACGGACCCUGCAGUGCAGACAGAUGGCAGCCCUCUCUGCUGCCAUUUCCACUUCAGCCCCAAGGUGAUGUUCACAAAGGUACUGAAGGCCCAGCUGUGGGUGUAUCUCCGACCUGUGCCACGUCCUGCCACAGUCUACCUGCAGAUCUUGCGACUGAAGCCCCUAACUGGGGAAGGGACUGCAGGGGGCGGGGGCGGAGGCCGGCGACACAUCCGAAUCCGCUCACUCAAGAUUGAGCUACACUCACGUUCCGGCCACUGGCAGAGCAUCGACUUCAAGCAAGUGCUACACAGCUGGUUCCGCCAGCCACAAAGCAACUGGGGCAUCGAGAUCAACGCCUUUGAUCCCAGUGGCACAGACCUGGCUGUCACCUCCUUGGGGCCAGGAGCUGAGGGGCUGCAUCCUUUUAUGGAGCUUCGAGUCCUAGAGAACACCAAACGGUCCCGACGAAACCUGGGCCUAGACUGUGACGAGCACUCAAGCGAGUCCCGUUGCUGUCGAUACCCCCUCACUGUGGACUUUGAAGCUUUUGGCUGGGACUGGAUCAUCGCGCCGAAACGCUACAAGGCCAACUACUGUUCUGGCCAGUGCGAGUAUAUGUUCAUGCAAAAGUAUCCGCACACCCAUUUGGUGCAACAGGCUAAUCCAAGAGGCUCUGCUGGGCCUUGCUGUACCCCCACCAAGAUGUCCCCAAUCAACAUGCUCUACUUCAAUGACAAGCAGCAGAUUAUCUAUGGCAAGAUCCCUGGCAUGGUGGUGGAUCGCUGUGGCUGCUCCUAAGGUGGGGCAGAGGCUGCCUCCCCCACAGACCCUACUCUUAGGCCCCCAGUCCUGCCCCUGUCCUCCUAGAGCUCCCUCCACCUCUUCCCUCGAACAUCACACCUUGUUCCCUGUCCAAGCAGUGUGCAAUACAGCAGAGGGAGGCAGGUGGGGAUUGAGGGGUGAAGGGUUUGGGAAAUAGGGGGAGGAGGAGGGAACAUGGUCAGGUGGGAAGUGUUUGAGGUUUGCAGGUGAGAAGGUUUGGCAAGAUAGAGAGAAGUAGAGACAGAAGUAGAGCAGAGGGAUAGAGGCAGAGGAUCCAAAAGAGCAACAGUGAGAAGACAAAGGGAUAGAGAAGCAGGAGAGACAGAGAUUAGGCAGUGAUAAAUAAUGAGAAAGAGAAUGAAAGAGAAAGCCCCACACCUUUCUUCCACUGGUGAGGUGAGGGGUCUGGUAUGAUUUGGGGAGGUCCCCUAGCAACCAUUCUCACUAAGAGAGGAAAUUAAAAAAAUCCCCCCUUAGCUUCUUCCCUUUCUCCUUCCAGCAGUGGCCAGGGGAAGGGAAGUGAGGACAGGGGAAGAGUGAGGAUUUGGGAAUCUUAUUUAUUUAUUUAUUGUGACUUUUUUUUUUUUUUUUUUUUUGGUGUUUGGCUUUACUGAAGUAGAAAGCCCUCUGCCCACUGUGUCCCAUUUGUCCCUUAUUUCCCAAACCCUGUUCUCCCUCAAUAUUGACCCACCUAACUUAAGCACUUGUAUAAAGCCUCCAGGGUUGGGAAUGGGAGUAGAGAGCAAGAGGGCCGACACACAGAAGUUUCCGACCCAUAAUCACCCUACUUAAUCUUAUUGAGCCAAAUGGGCUGAACUGAAUUCCAGUGAUCACAAAAAUAAUAUGAGGUUAAGGUUUAGGAGCUGUAGAGGGGAAGAGGAAAGCCCUCAACUUCCAGGAUGUAUAUGAAAGCAACAACAACAAAGAACCCUUAGGCCUACCCUUAUGUUGAAUAGUAUUGAGUUAUUUAGCCAGAAGGUGUGGCUUGCUUAUGCCCAAAUUCCCCUGCAGCCAAAGAGACCAAAGAGCCUGUGGACUGUCCCUGCUCCCAGCCUCUAUCUUCAGGUCAAUAAAAAGGAGAAUAAAGAUUCUAGAGAUUCUAGAUCUGGGAAUGGUUAGGAAGGGUAAAAUAAAUAAAUAAAAAGUAGGAAUGAGGCUGAAGAUCACAGGGCAUUUGAAUCCAAAUCACUGCUCUGGGCUAGGGAAUAGAGCCAGUAGACCAAGGUGGAAGGAAUUCUGGAGGGGGAACAUUUUAGUUCCCCAACCCCAAAGCUCAGGGUGGAAAGGGGGAGAACAAGGGAACAGAGUGUCUAUAAUUAUUUUUAUCUUUUAUUUUUGGAAUCUAGCAGUACCUGGCAGCAGGGAGGAAAUAAUAUAGUGGGGAGGGGGGUGGAAGCAUCUGACAAAAGCCAGUUACAACAGAGGACGGGAAGGAUGGAGACUCCCUGAUUUGGAAGGCUAGGGAGCAGACAGGGACUGGUUGCCAAUCCAGGUCACUUAGCUGGGCCUGUUCAUUCCUUCCACAAUCCUGACCACUCCUCUGGACUCAGUGUGUGCCUCAGUUUCUUCCCCUCGAUGGAAUGAGAAAAAGCAGCACCCGCCACAGCCAAGAGAUGAAUUCUGAGCACUUACCACGGGCACUUUAUGGACAUAAAAUACCUCUCGCUGUGGAACAGAUAAAUAACCAAGGCACCAGAAUAGUGGUGAAGAGAUAUGAGGCUUAGAGGAGUCCAGGCUUCAGUGUACAAGUUCCCCUCUGCUUCCCAGCUGGACAGUGCCUGACGUCAAGGGAUUGAGACUGUCCACACCCUAUCCAUUCCUCACCAACAGACUUGACUCCAGACAAGAACCUAGAGGACAUCAGGAGGGUGGGGGGUACCUUCAGCAAACGUGUCACUCUCAGUAGUGCCAGCAAUUAUGGGUCUGAUGCGAAAUAUACUGAGUUGUACUGAACGGUACUGAAAGUAAAGCCUGCCUGAGAUGGAGACAUGAGCUGGAAGAUUUGUUCUUCCCCAGAGCAUGACUCUCCCACCUAACCCAGCUGAUGGAAGGGGCAGAGGUAUGUGAUCACCAUCGGAAAAGGUGAUGUUGGUGAGCUUUGGCUUCUCAUUCUCAGCCCCAAAGGGAAAAAGUAGGACAAGGGGUUUCAGUACAGGAACAGGUAGGGGGGAUUCCAGCCUGCCUAUUCCCACUGAGCAGCUAGGCUACCCCCCGCCCCCAAUAUCUCCUCUCUGACCCUGUUCUUCCUUCUGCCCAAAUUCUGGAGAACAAGCUACAUCUGAACCACUGAAACCAUAUUGACAUUUCCUUGGUGGAAGGAGAGAACAGAAAAGAACAGGCUCUUCUUCCAAGUUCAAAUGCCUGAGUCUCUUGAUCUUGGCACAGGGUGGGGGCUGGGCAUCAGAUGGCUUUCCUCUUCAAAUUCUAGAGAGCUGGGGCAUUAGAUUCAGGGGAAACUUAGAAUAUGCCCCUUUAAUACCACCAAAUAAAGAACUUUGCUGGGGGAGGGAGGGUGUCUUUCUCUAUGAACAUAAAGUGUUUGAGUGGAAGUCUUAUUCUUCUAGUCCUCCCCACCCCUGAAAAGGCAUGGGGUAAAAAAGAGGGGAGCACAGAGCACACCCCAGCAACAGAGUAGAAGCUAGCACCCUCCUCUUAUGUGUGAAUCUGGCCAGUGCCCCUCUGAUCAUAAUUAGUGUAAUUAUUUGUGUAUUUGUUACACCUGCGUGUGUGACUGCCUUUGUUUGUUAAGGGUGUCUGAGGAACAUGGGGCUGAUGGGGCACUGGAAUGCUGAGAAAGGACUUCUUCACCAAGGCUUCCUGGAGGAACUAUUUGGAAAAAAAAAAAAUGGAAAAAAAAAAAAAAGGCCAUCAAGCAGUUUUCAAGUUAUGUGACAGAGGGCAAAGAUGGCCAUAGGGUGCUCUGAGGUCUGGGGAUGGUCACAUGACACAAUCCAGCACUUGAACCUGAAAAUAAAAAAUAAAAUCAGUCAAAUUGUUUAGAACUCA